AUGGGGGCGGCGCUGGUGCGGCGUGGGGGCUGCCUGCUGCUCUGGCUGGCCUUACUGCUGGGCUGCUGGGCAGAGCUGGGCAGCGGGCUGGAGUUCCCAGGUGCGGAGGGCCAGUGGACCCGCUUCCCCAAGUGGAACGCCUGCUGCGAGAGUGAGAUGAGCUUCAAUAUGAAGACACGCAGCUCCAGUGGGCUGGUGCUCUACUUUGAUGACGAGGGCUUCUGCGACUUUCUGGAGCUCAUCCUCACCCAGGGCGGGCGGCUACAGCUCAGCUUCUCCAUCUUCUGUGCUGAGCCCGCCACCCUGCUCUCGGACACGGCGGUCAACGACAACCUCUGGCACUCUGUUGUCAUCCGCCGCCACUUCAAGAACACGACGCUGAUCAUUGACCGAGCCGAGACCAAGUGGGUGGAGGUGAAGUCCAAACGGCGGGACAUGACUGUCUUUAGCGGGCUCUUCUUAGGGGGGCUCCCGCCGGAGCUGCGGUCGGCAACGCUAAAGCUGACACUCUCCUCUGUCAAGGACCGGGAGCCCUUCAAGGGCUGGAUAACAGACGUCCGGGUCAACUACACGCAGGCGUCACCGGUGGAGAGCCAGGAGGUGCGGCUGGAUGACGAGCAGAGCCGCCUGUGUGCCAGGGAGGACGUCUGCCUCAACGGGGGCGUCUGCUCGGUGCUCAAUGACCAGGCCGUCUGUGACUGCUCCCAAACGGGCUUUCGAGGGAAGGACUGCAGUGAAGAAGACAACUAUGUGGAAGGUCUGGCGCACCUGAUGAUGGGCGACCAAGGUAAAAGUAAAGGAAAAGAAGAAUAUAUUGCAACGUUCAAGGGAUCAGAAUACUUCUGCUAUGAUUUAUCUCAGAAUCCCAUACAGAGUAGCAGUGAUGAAAUAACUCUGUCAUUUAAAACACUUCAGAGGAAUGGACUGAUGCUUCACACAGGAAAAUCGGCUGAUUAUGUCAAUCUUGCACUGAAAAAUGGAGCUGUCUCCUUGGUCAUUAAUUUGGGCUCAGGGGCCUUUGAAGCACUGGUGGAACCUGUGAAUGGGAAAUUUAAUGACAAUGCCUGGCAUGAUGUGAAAGUAACCAGGAAUCUGCGUCAGCACUCAGGCAUUGGACACGCUAUGGUGACAAUAUCAGUGGAUGGAAUUCUGACCACAACGGGAUACACGCAGGAAGACUACACCAUGCUGGGCUCUGAUGACUUUUUCUAUGUUGGAGGCAGUCCUAGCACAGCAGACCUCCCAGGGUCACCAGUCAGUAACAACUUUAUGGGCUGUCUCAAAGAGGUUGUAUAUAAAAAUAAUGACGUCAGGUUGGAGUUAUCUCGACUUGCCAAGCAAGGAGAUCCCAAAAUGAAGAUUCAUGGGGUUGUAGCUUUUAAAUGUGAGAAUGUUGCAACCUUAGAUCCAAUCACAUUUGAAACACCAGAGUCAUUCAUCUCUUUGCCAAAGUGGAAUGCCAAGAAAACAGGCUCAAUAUCAUUUGAUUUUCGUACAACUGAGCCAAAUGGCCUAAUUCUUUUCAGUCAUGGGAAACCAAGGCACCAAAAAGAUGCCAAACAUCCACAGAUGGUGAAGGUUGAUUUUUUUGCCAUCGAGAUGCUUGAUGGCCACCUCUACCUGCUGUUAGACAUGGGAUCAGGUACUAUAAAAAUAAAAGCCUUGCAGAAGAAGGUGAAUGAUGGUGAAUGGUACCAUGUGGAUUUUCAGCGGGAUGGACGGUCAGGGACCAUAUCUGUGAACACAUUACGUACACCAUAUACUGCACCAGGGGAAAGUGAAAUCCUUGACUUGGAUGAUGACUUAUAUCUUGGAGGCUUACCAGAAAAUAAAGCAGGCCUCGUCUUCCCAACAGAGGUGUGGACAGCACUUCUCAAUUAUGGAUACGUCGGCUGCAUUAGAGAUUUAUUUAUUGAUGGUCAAAGCAAAGAUAUUCGACAGAUGGCUGAAAUUCAAAGCACAGCUGGAGUAAAACCCUCAUGCUCAAGAGAAACUGCAAAACCUUGCCUUAGCAACCCCUGUAAAAACAAUGGUGUGUGCAGGGAUGGGUGGAACAGAUAUGUUUGUGAUUGCUCUGGCACGGGCUACCUUGGCAGAUCGUGCGAAAGAGAGGCAACAAUUUUAAGCUAUGAUGGAAGUAUGUUUAUGAAAAUACAGCUCCCCGUUGUGAUGCAUACAGAGGCCGAAGAUGUUUCUUUACGGUUCAGGUCUCAGCGAGCUUAUGGCAUUUUAAUGGCAACAACUUCCAGGGAAUCUGCAGAUACCCUUCGUUUAGAGCUGGAUGCAGGACGAGUUAAGCUAACGGUCAACCUAGACUGUAUCAGGAUUAACUGUAAUUCCAGCAAAGGUCCAGAAACCCUUUUUGCUGGCUAUAACCUCAAUGAUAAUGAGUGGCACACAGUGCGUGUGGUUCGGCGAGGAAAAAGUUUAAAGUUAAUGGUGGAUGACCAGCAGGCCGUGACAGGUCAAAUGGCUGGUGACCACACACGACUGGAAUUCCACAACAUAGAAACAGGAAUAAUAACAGAACGGCGCUACCUGUCUUCUGUGCCUUCUAAUUUUAUUGGGCAUCUACAGAGUCUCACAUUUAAUGGCAUGGCAUACAUUGACUUGUGUAAAAACGGAGACAUCGAUUAUUGUGAGCUAAAUGCAAGAUUUGGGUUCAGGAACAUCAUAGCAGACCCUGUAACCUUUAAAACAAAAGCAAGUUAUGUUGCACUGGCCACGCUACAAGCGUAUACAUCUAUGCACCUUUUUUUCCAGUUCAAAACCACCUCUCUGGAUGGAUUGAUACUUUAUAACAGUGGCGAUGGAAAUGAUUUCAUUGUGGUUGAAUUAGUUAAAGGGUAUUUGCACUAUGUGUUUGACUUGGGAAAUGGUGCGAAUCUCAUCAAAGGAAGUUCUAAUAAACCUCUGAAUGACAACCAGUGGCAUAAUGUGAUGAUAUCAAGGGAUACUAACAAUCUCCACACUGUAAAGAUUGACACUAAAAUCACGACACAGAGCACAGCAGGAGCCAGAAAUUUAGAUCUCAAAAGUGAUUUGUAUAUUGGAGGAGUGGCCAAAGAAAUGUUUAAGUCCUUGCCAAAACUGGUACAUGCAAAGGAGGGAUUCCAAGGCUGUCUUGCAUCAGUUGACUUGAAUGGACGGCUCCCUGAUCUAAUCUCAGAUGCUCUUUUCUGCAAUGGGCAGAUAGAAAGAGGAUGUGAAGGCCCCAGCACAACGUGCCAAGAGGAUUCGUGUGCAAACCAGGGUGUGUGCUUACAGCAGUGGGAUGGAUUCAGUUGUGACUGUAGCAUGACCUCCUUUAGUGGACCACUAUGCAAUGACCCGGGAACAACAUAUAUCUUUAGCAAAGGUGGUGGACAAAUCACUUACACGUGGCCCCCUAACGAUCGGCCAAGCACUCGCGCGGACAGACUGGCAAUAGGGUUUAGUACUGUUCAAAAAGAGGCCGUGUUAGUAAGAGUGGACAGUUCUACUGGGCUCGGAGAUUAUCUAGAGCUGCACAUCCACCAAGGAAAAAUUGGAGUUAAAUUUAAUGUUGGAACUGAUGACAUCGCUAUUGAAGAGAUGAACGCAAUUAUUAAUGAUGGGAAAUACCACGUAGUUCGCUUCACAAGAAGUGGUGGCAAUGCCACGUUACAGGUGGACAACUGGCCCGUUAUCGAACGUUACCCAGCAGGAAACAAUGAUAACGAGCGCCUGGCGAUUGCUAGACAGCGAAUUCCAUAUCGACUUGGUCGAGUAGUUGAUGAAUGGCUACUCGACAAAGGGCGUCAGCUCACAAUCUUCAAUAGCCAAGCAACCAUAAAAAUUGGAGGCAAGGAACGUGGCCACCCUUUCCAAGGCCAGCUCUCUGGUCUUUACUACAAUGGCUUGAAAGUUCUGAAUAUGGCAGCAGAAAAUGAUGCCAACAUCGUGAUAGAAGGAAAUGUGAGACUUGUUGGUGAAGUGCCUUCCUCUAUGACAACCGAGUCCACAGCCACAGCGAUGCAGUCUGAGAUGUCCACGUCAGUCAUGGAAACAACCACCACUUUGGCCACGAGCACUGCUAGAAGAGGAAAGGCCCCGACAAAAGAACCGAUUGGUCAGACUACAGAUGACAUCCUGGUGGCCUCGGCUGAAUGUCCUAGCGAUGAUGAGGACAUCGAUCCCUGUGAGCCGAGCUCAGGUGGGUUAGCAAAUCCUACCAGGGCAGGAGGAGGAAGGGAGUACCCUGGCUCGUCCGAGGUGAUUCGUGAAUCCAGCAGCACAACAGGCAUGGUGGUUGGGAUCGUGGCGGCGGCAGCGCUGUGCAUCCUCAUUCUCCUGUAUGCCAUGUACAAGUACAGGAAUCGAGAUGAAGGAUCGUAUCACGUAGAUGAGAGUCGAAACUACAUCAGUAACUCAGCACAAUCCAAUGGGGCUGUGAUCAAGGAAAAACAGCCCAACAGCGCUAAAAGUUCCAACAAAAACAAGAAAAAUAAGGAUAAGGAGUACUAUGUCUGAUCUCAACAUCUAAAAGAACGCUUGUAUAGAAAUAGUCUUCAUUUUAUCUGAGACAUAAUACAAACUUAUUUACUUUACUUUUUAUGAAGCACAUUCAAAAACAAACAAACAAAAAAGACAGGGAAUGCAAUCAGAAAGGAAAGACUGUUUUUAAAAACAAGCAUUUCAUGCUCUUGUUUUUCAGAAACAGGAGCUGAUAAAUUCCCUAACAUCCACAGUGUUUUCAUUUACUCUGCCUGUCUUUAUGUUGCUGGAACGUUUCUGAAAGACAAUGAUGACACCACGCAUUCAUAAAGCAAGGAGUAUUACUACAACAUCAAGGCACAAUAUGAAACAAAACAAAUUUAAAAAAAACAAAACAGGAAAAAAAAAAAGAAAAAAGAAGCUACCUAUGAUUCUGGAUUUAGCCAAAGUGCUAGCGCUUUCUUGAGAAGUAAGUUAGUCUUAUUGUCAGAGAAGACUGUCAUUAUAUAUGGUGACUCAACAAGCAAACGUAGUUUGCCAUCUGGUGCAGUGAAGCAGUGAUUGGAAACUUGCAUUUGAAACAAAGUGCUGGCUUUUCUGAAGACUUAUGUAGAAAUACUUUCAAAAAGCCCCUUUCUGGUUGUGAGGAAAAUAGUACGGAGGCCUUAUUUUCAAAAACAAAAACAAAAAUCUGGAAUAUAAGGCACAUUUCCACAAAAAAAAAAAAAAAAAAGGAAAACGAGGGCAUAGAUGCAAUCAUUGGGAAAUUUUCAUGCACGCUUAAUAUGUUAUUACAUAUGUUUAUAUAAAAACACAUCUAUAUGUGCUUUCUGGACUGUGAUAAGUGAUGUUUUAUAGCCUGUUGUAUAGAAAAUGCAAACUAUAUCUGCUCUUCAGCCAUUUUUGGUAAACUCAAUGUUAUAAGUGUUGCUAGGUAUAGAGAGUUUUAUGACAUCUGGAGCAACAGACAUACUUCAGUUUUUUUGCAGCCAUUAUAAAUUGUCCCAGACUUUUUCCCCUUUUUUUUUUCUUUUUAAUUUACAGUGUAGUGGUUAUACUAAGGGGGAUGUGUAUGAAUGUAUAUAAGAGUCAGCUAAUUUUUUUCUUACCUGUACAGCCUCUAUUAUGUUGCAAUUAAGUUUUAGUAGUUUGUAUGAAAGACGUGGACUAGAAAGCAAAAAUAUAUCUCUACUGUAAUUUGUCUUCUCCCUCCUAUCCCCAUCUCUUGCUCCUGAUAUGCAUCAAUGAAGUUGAUCAGAAUGGCCAAUUUUCCUAGAAAUAACAUUCGUUAAUUAGCUAAAUAUUUAGUGACUUAAACUGGCCUUUGGCUUCCAGUCAAAGCUUCACUAUUGGAGAGCAUGGUUUGCCUUACAGAAACCUUGUUCUUAGAAAUUAUGAGAAUGAUGAGUUUCUUGAGAAUCUUAGGAAGUAUCAUAUAGUGUUUAUCUGGCAUUCAGUUAUAUGAACGACAGCUACUACAGCAUGGGGUGGUAAAAGAUCUAAAAUACCCAUUUUAAUUAUCCAGGCUGAUUCUACUGCAGAAUUUAUCCCUUUCUCCAAAAAGGAAAUAAUCUUGAGGUGCACGAUAGUAUUUUUCAAUGGUGGGCAUUUUGACAUAUGAAAAAGUAUUUUUAGCUAAGUUGAUUGUGUAGUAUUGCAAGACAUCAUAACCAGACAAGUUCAUCAUGUUUUAAAGUGACACAGCUUAUCUUGCAUAUAUAAAACAUUAAUGCAUUUUAGUUAAACAUAUUAAAUAUAAUGCUGUAAUUUACAUGUUAAGUUUGUUUUUUUUCUGGUAAUAUUUCAUUAGUUUCACAGCAAUAAAUCAUAGCAUAACAUUUUAUUUACAUGGAAGUUCAAAGGGAAUACAUUAGACAGAAAGAGGGUAGUUCAAUAGAAAUCAACCAAAUCAUCAGAAGGCCUCCUGGGAGGGAUAUAGAUAUUGACAUUUCACAGAUAGGAAGGAGGAAUUAAAAAUUAGCUUUAAACAGGAGACACAAAACAUUUUGUUGUGUGUUAUUCACUGUAGCUGAUGAAAAUAAAUUGGAAACUGGUACAGCUAUCUAUCUGGGAGUCAAAGCACUUUAAAAAUACAUGUAGCUGACAUGAAAACACCUCUCUUGAAGUUUGCCCACGACAUCAAGGUGUGUCAUGUUCCGUAUGUAAAAAAAAGAAAUUAUUUUCAUUAGCAUUUACACAAAAAUGAGUACAGGUUCGAAAAAUCCAUCUGAUGUUCAUUUCUUAGAUUGUGUGGCAUUCGUAAUUUCUCCCACCUUUACAAGACAGCUGUACUCAGGGAAUGGUAGGGGCAGGUAUACUGGAGGUCAUUGCUGGAAGCAAGAGACUUCAGCUGGAGAGGGGAAAGAAGAAGUUGAAAGCCAGGUGGUAUUCAGAUUUCAGUGGUUGAAGAUACAUAGAAAAACAAGAAUAAUCGGUUGACAGGAGAUUUGACACGACAGAAUGUGGUUUGGGCGAGAUGAAAUGGUCUUUUCUGCUUGGUAUUGAUUGCAUUAAUGAAAUAGCAUUGUCAGGCCAACUUCCAGGCAGUUUGGUAGGUCAAUCUUUAACUAAAUCCAUACAUCAAGGAAAAAAAGAUCUGCUACUAUUAUAAUAAGCAAACACAAUUUUAACACUGUUUCUGAAGGUUCUCCUUUUUCCUCUUUAAUUUCAUAAUUUAACAAAAAAACAAUUAUGGAUGUAUCAGAAGUGCCAGCAAGUGGAUUUAAAAUUCUUUUUUGUUUAAAAACAGCAGCAACAACAAACAGACAUAAACCAACUACCUAACAUAAAAUUGGAUCCUUUCUCUAUAAUAACCUAAUUUGUUUGACUGAGAUGGCUUCAUUUCUAUGACUGUAUUGUGUUGCCUUUUUUAACAAAACACUAAAUAACGUGUGAAACUUUCAACCCUAAGACAUCAAAGAGAGGCCCAAUGCCCCUAACCUUAUAGUGCUUUCUGUGAUAGAUAUUUACAAUUUUUUUAUUUGUUGCAAGGCCAAUUUAUUCAUUAUUGGAAAUGCUAAGCAAGUGGAAUUUACUGUUUUGUUAAUAAAAAUGUUUCUUAAUACAAA